UCAGUUUGAUCCAUUCAAAGAGGAGGAUGGUCCUAGAGCUAUUUCCUCCAGGACAUCACAAAGUCUGGGAAGAAUGGAAUUUGCAAGUGAUGCUCCUUCUCAGCCUUGUCCUUCAAAUUGCACUCCUUUUUCUGGGCAAUCGAAGAAAGUAUUCUCACCAUGCUGGCAUCAAAUUUGUUGUAUGGUCUGCUUAUUUAGGUGCAGACGCUAUAGUAACUUCUGCCCUUAAUAUAAUCUGGGAUAAUCUUUCAGAAUUCAAACAAAAAAAGUGUCCGUCCAUUGUUGAUGCCAAAACUGAAUUAACUUCAUUCUGGGCACCAUUUGUUCUCCUUCACUUAGGUGGCCCUGACACCAUUACAGCUUACGCCUUGGAAGAUAAUGAGUUGUGGUUGAGGCGCUUUGCAAACCUAGUUGCGCAUUCAAUAACCAUAAUGUAUGUCUGGAUAAGUUUGGGAAGCUCUCCCCUUUCUGUUCUGUUCGUUUUAAUGUUUUGCGCAGGGGUUAUCAAGUAUGGAGAACGGAUAUUGGCACUCAGAUCUGCAGCCAAUAACACACUUCGACAGAAACUUAGAGAGCCCCGGCAAGGAUAUAGAGAAUAUUCCGAACAGAAAUUUAAUAUGAUACGAGAAGAGAAGAGCGAAGAAGGAUAUUUUGUUGGAGUAGACAUAACUAAUGCUGCCAAGGAGCUUCCAUUACGUCACACACUCGUCUCUAAUUGCAAUCUUCCUUCAGAGAGAGAUAAAUUACAGGUAGCCUAUGAAUUAGAGAAAGUAACUUUGAGUCUUAUCUUAGACUCUACAUUGAACUUUGGUUUAAGAGACCGAGUUCAUUCUCUUUUCAGAAGAAUGUCUGCUCAAAAUGCUUUCAGAGUAAUUGAAAUGGAGCUUGGAUUGGUAUAUGAUCGCCUUUAUACCAUGACAGCUUUAAUCUAUAAUCCUUGCAUCUUCAUUCUGCGCCUCAUCGGUUUUCUUCUCACUUGUUUUGUCUUCCUUUUCUUUACUUUUCUUCAAGGCAAAGACAAGUAUGCAAAGAUUGACAUUUGCAUAACAUUCCUUUUACUAGCCGUAGCUAUUUUUAUAGACAUAUAUUCAGCAUUAGUCAUACUCUCCUCAGACCGAUUUUUCUCUUGGUUAUAUUUUGAUAAGAAGGUUUCCACCUCAAAAUUCCGAAUUUGGUUUCAGCCAUCUAAGAGCCCUCGGUGGUCAAAUAAAAUGCGUCAGAUGAGUUUUCUGAGGCGCCCCAUGAAACUAAGGUCUCUGCGUCACAUAUUGAAGUUAAGACGAUUUGACGAACUAGUAAAUUUUGAGCAAGAUUACCUGCGUUCAUAUAAAGAAAUCUCCGAAGAUUUUAAAAAAUCAGUCUUCCAGUAUUUCAAAGAAAAAGCUGCCACAAACCAAAGUUUACGAGGAACAGAAGGCGGCGAUUGGAUGGUUAGAGAAGCUCCCAAGUAUGAGCAAGACCCUGCAAAAGCCAUUUUAUUCUGGCACGUUAUUACAGAAGUAUCGUUCUAUUUGGAUCGAGAUGGACGGGAUACUAAGGAGCAGUUCACUGAUAUUGUUGCAAGUCCCGAAAUUAGCAGAAUGGUCUCUAGAUAUAUGUGCUAUCUCUUAGUAAAGCAUCCUUCCAUGGUAUUGGUUGGCAUAACUCAGGCUAGCUUUCAAAUGACAGCUAAAAAGGCUCGCAAAUCUGUAUAUUUGAAUUCAACUAAAACAGAAGCAUGCAUAGACUUGGUGCGACACAUUAAUGAAGAAGAUCAAACUUUACUUGAAGCACUUUCGUGUAUCAAAAGAAUGAAGGAAGAGAAAAAGGAUUUACAAGAGAAGUGGAAGAUGCUUCGUGAGAUUUGGAUGGAAAUAAUGGGAAAUGCAGCAAAAAAAUGCAAAGGGAGGGAGCAUCGCCAACAGCUUAGAAAUGGGGGAGAGUUGCUCACUCAUGUAUGGCUUCUCAUUGCACAUUUUGGCUUAACCGACCACUUUCAGAUUUCAGACCAACAUCAUUGCGCAAACCUGAUUUCAAAGUAGGUUCAGGGAGAGAAAGUAUGCCAUGGUAUUUGCUUAAUUAGUUUCACUUCACUCUGUUUUAUAAUAAUUACUACUGGAUCCUGUGUGUAUGUGUGUAGUUUAAUUAAGCUUUCCA